AUGCAAGAGUCAUACUCCGAAGAGAGAACCCUCCACCUGGUAGGUGUGGGUGUCACUCAUUCCAUUGCCCCGGAAAUGCACAACUAUAUCGCCAAAUCACUCGGUCUUCCAUGGACAUUCUAUGCGACCGAAUGUCCGACACUCGAAGACGUGGUCUCUCUGGCCAAGAAGUCUACCACGUCAGGCCUGGUAGUCACGAUGCCAUACAAAAAUUCCAUCAUGAAGCAUCUCGACAAGACCGAUGACUUGGCCACAAUUAUUGGUGCAUGCAACAAUAUCUACUACAAAUACGACGGUCGCAGACACCUAUGCGGCACCAAUACCGACUGGAGAGGUGUUCAAGGUUGUCUCCUGGAAAAAGGCGAAGAGAAAGAUCGACCCUCAUCAGAACGUCCAGCAUCUGCCCUGAUCGUGGGAGCAGGUGGUGCAAGCCGUGCUGCUGUCUACGCCCUUGCGAACCAUCUUCACUGCCCAACGAUCUACAUUCUGAAUCGAGAUGACCAGGAAGUGGAGAAUCUCAUUAACGACUCGCGCCGACUUCCAACAAUCCCCAACAUCAUACAUAUCAAGACAGUGAGCGAAGCAGAGAAGCUGCCGACUCCGUACUACAUCAUUGGGACAGUUCCCGAUUUCGAGCCAUCUACGGAAUCUGAGUUGGCUGUUGCUUCCGUUUUGAAGCACUUCCUUUCUCGAUCAGAGAAGGGCGUGUUGCUGGAUAUGUGUUUCAAGCCACGCAGAACGAGAAUGAUCAAGUUGGCUGAGCAGUUGGGUUGGCCUUGUGUUGAGGGCACUCAUGUUAUAGGAUACCAGAUCGAGGAGCAAUGGCGCUUGUGGGUGGGAGAAGAGCGGGUUCAAAAGUUGGAUCGAGAGGGAGCUUGGAAGGUUUUGUUGAAAGCUGCAGAGGAAAGUAAAGGUAUCAAUUUUUAG